AUGGAGUUGUGGCCGUAUGCAAGCUCCCAGCAAAUCAAAGAGGCUCCAGGUCGACAAGGCGACCUCAACGCGUGGACUGCCCAUCAAACAGCCAGUCCAGUUGGGCGCACCUCCCCUGUGGUUCCACCCCAGCAAACAGCCAGUCCAGUUGGGCGCACCUCCCCCUGUGGUUCCACCCCAGCAAACAGCCAGUCCAGUUGGGCCGCACCUCCCCUGUGGUUCCACCCCAGCAAACAGCCAGUCCAGUUGGGCGCACCUCCCCUGUGGUUCCACCCCAGCAAACAGCCAGUCCAGUUGGGCGCACCUCCCCUGUGGUUCCACCCCAGCAAACAGCCACAAACAGCCAGUCCAGUUGGGCGCACCUCCCCUGUGGUUCCACCCCAGCAAACAGCCUGUCCAGUUGGGCGCACUCUCCCUGUGGUUCCACCCCAGCAAACAGCCAGUCCAGUUGGCGAAACUCCUCCUGUGGUUCCACCCAGCAAACAGCCAGUUGUUAGCGCACCUCCCUGUGGUUCCACCCACCAAACAGCCAGUCCGGUUAGGCACCUCCCCCGUGGUUCCACCCCAGCAAACAGCCAGUCCAGUUGGAAGCACCUCCCCUGUGGUUCCACCCCAGCAAACAGCCAGUCAGUUAAGCACCUCCCUGUGGUUCCACCCACCAAACAGCCAGUCCAGUUGGGCGACUCUCCCCUGUGGUUCCACCCCACCAAACAGCCAGUCCAGUUGGGCGCACCUCCCCUGUGGUUCCACCCCACCAAACAGCCAGUCCAGUUGGGCGCACCUCCCCUGUGGUUCCACCCCACCAAACAGCCAGUCCAGUUGGGCGCACCUCCCCUGUGGUUCCACCCCACCAAACAGCCAGUCCAGUUGGGCACCUCUCCUGUGGUUCCACCCACCAAACAGCCAGUCCAGUUGAAGCUACACCUCCCUGUGGUUCCACCCCAGCAAACAGCCAGUCCAGUUGGGCGCACCUCCCCUGUGGUUCCACCCCAGCAAACAGCCAGUCCAGUUGGGCGCACCUCCCCUGUGGUUCCACCCCAGCAAACAGCCAGUCCAGUUCUCACAUAA